CUCAGUCGUUUAAAAUGUUACUUCAGUUAAUCAUACAAUCGUUCUUCUUCACAUUCUUUGUACUCGCUACAACUGAUACUGAGGAAAAACCUGACUACUGUGAUCCAAAAUGGUGUCCUAAUCAAGGUCAUCACAUUGCCUGCAACAAUGAUGGAUCAUUCGGAAAAAAAUGCAUGGGAAAGUAUUGGACAGAAAAACUAGAUGAAUACCAACAGCUCAUUUUGGACCUUCACAAUGAAGUGCGUAAUAAGCUUGCUCUUGGAAAUGUACCUGGUUUUAAAUCUGCUGCAAGGAUGCCCACUUUGAGAUGGGAUACAAAACUCUCAAAAAUGUCAGAGCUUAAUGUUAAAACUUGUCAUUUCGAACAUGACGAAUGUCGAAGCACAGUGGAUUUCCCAUAUUGUGGGCAAAAUAUUUACUUUGCUCAAACAACAUUUACGAAUUAUACAAUGGUUGACUUUAUAAAGGAAGCCGUUGAAAUGUGGUUCUUGGAACACAAAGAUUGCAAUAUGGAUGUUAUGGGCAGCUUUAAAGUAACUGAACCUCAAACAGGUCACUUCACGGCUUUGAUGACUGAUCGUAAUGACCGUGUUGGAUGUGGAUAUUUGCAGUCUGUUCACAAAAGACGAAUGAAGAAACCACUCCAUACAAUUAUAUUUACAUGUAAUUAUCCUUCAACAAAUAUUGUGGGUAUUCCAGCUUACAAGCCAGGUCCAGUUGCUUCCCUGUGUAGGGAACCGCAUCUUGUUUAUAAAGGACUUUGUGCUGAAAACGAAUCCAUAGAUCCAAAUGAUUUUAUUUGGUAUUUUAAAUAAAUUAUUAUUUACGAAAACUAAAGAAACAGGUAACAGCAAAUGAUAAAUAAAUAGUAAACCUUUUGGCA